CGCUCGGCCACCUUCUCAUGCGAUGACGCAAGCAUCCAUCCUCGAUGCCUUCACCUGGCUCUUCCGCGCUGUCUACACGCUCGCCUCCAGCAUCUUCCUCCUCCUCUUCGAGGGCUGCGGCCGGCUGCUCGGCAUCUUUGGCGCGCUGGCGGUUGUGGCUCUCGUGCUGUGUGGCUGCAACCACGGCGGCGAGGGCGCGUGGUACACCGGCGCGGUGGUUGGCGACGACGGCCAGCUCACGCCCAUCGGACUUCUCCUGUUUGCUGCCGGCGUCCUCUGGGCGCCGCUCGGGUGGAGCACGGCCGACCUCGCCGUCGGCGCUGCGCUCGCCCCGACGCUCUACAUCUGGCUGCUGCCGCAGCUGCGGGACGGCUGCAGCGGCUUCCUUGGCGAGGUCGGCGCGGACGUCUCCCUGCUCGGCCUCUGCCGCCUCUCGCGCAGCAUGGGUGCGCUGGUCGCGCUCUUCUACCCGGCGCUGCUGCUGCUCAACCUGCGGGGCGGGGCAGGCGCGGGGGUGAGCGGGCCUCGUGGAAGGACCGCCUCGUCACUCCCUCCCGAGCCCAUUCGCCUACAGGUGCGUGGCCCGACGGCGGGGGCGGCUUCACCUCACUGAGCGGCGGCGCGCUCGGGCGACUCCGCGCCACGGUCGCGGCGGCCGACGCACUCUUCUGGCUCUGGCUGGUCGCUGGCGCGCUGCUGCGGCGGAGGCCGGACUGGUGCCCCGGGGAGUGGACCCCGAUGGAGGUGGACGCCACCCUCUUCGGCGGCUUCCUGCUCGCCGCGGCGGCGCACACGCGGGAGCAGCACUCGCUGCAGCCCUGCCGCCUGUCGCUGCUCAGCGCGGCCGCCAUC